AGAAACGAAAGUAGUGAGAACUGUAUUAUAAACACAGUCCAGUUACUGCAGCUGGACUCGGCAUCCAGCUUGAAGCUUCUCCAGACGUUCUUAGAGGAUCUACCACCACUGCAGUCAUGUCUUCCUCCAGCAGUCUCCUGUCUGAAGAUCAGCUGCUGUGCUGUAUCUGUCUGGAUGUGUUCACUGAUCCAGUCACGACUCCAUGUGGACACAACUUCUGCAUGGUCUGUCUCAAAGAGUGCUGGGACAGCAGUUCACGCUGCCAGUGUCCAGUUUGUAAAGAGGAAUUCUCCAGAAGGCCUGAACUGCGUGUGAACACGUUCAUCUCUGGACUGGCUGCUCAGUUCAAGAAGUCAGUUCAGGUGAAAUUCAGCAGAGCUCCAGAGAAACAACCCUCCAAACCUACAAAGGUUCUGUGUGACUCCUGCAGUGAGGAGGCUGUAAAGUCCUGUCUGGACUGUGGAGUAUCUUACUGUGAGACUCAUCUGAUGCCUCAUAAAACUGCAGCUAAACUCAAGAAGCACAAACUGAUGGACCCUGUGGAGAACCUGGAGGACUACAUCUGCCAGAAACAUGAGAGACCCCUGGAGCUGUUCUGUAGAGACGACCAGACGAGUGUGUGUCAGUUCUGCACUGAGACAGACCACAAAACUCACAGCACUGUUCCUAUAGAGGAGGAGAUUGGAGACAAGAGGACUCAGCUGGUGAAGACACAGGUAGAAGUUAAUCAGAUGAUCCAGGACCGACUGAAGAAGAUUGAGGAAAUCAAACACUCUGUAAAACUCAAUAAAAAAAGCUCAGAGAAGGAGAAAGCAGACAGUGAGGAGGUCUUCAGAGCUCUGCUGCGCUGCAUUGAGAGAAGCCAGGCGGAGCUGCUUGAGGUGAUGGAGGAGAAGCAGAAAGCAGCAGAGAGGCAGGCUGAAGAGUUCAUUAAAGAGCUGGAGCAGGAAAUCACUGAGCUAAAGAGGAGAGACACUGAGCUGGAGCAGCUCUCCCACACUGAGGACCAUCUCCACCUCCUACAGGUUUACCCGUCCCUCUGCAGCCCCCCACACACCAAGAACUGGACUGCCGUCAGGAUUAACACUCAUCUGAGGGUGGAGACUCUGAGGAGAGCUCUGUCUCAGCUUCAGGAAUCAAUCAGUAAGGAGAUGGAGAGCGUUGUGGAGAUUGAAAUGAAGAGAAUUCAGCAACAUGCAGUUGAUGUGACUCUGGAUCCUGAUUCAGCUCAUCCUGCUCUCGUUCUGUCUGAUGAUGGUAAACAGGUCAUAUGUGGAGACACAGAAAAGAAUCUUCCUGAAAACCCAGAGAGGUUUGAUCAUUGUGCCUGUGUGCUGGGAAAGGAGGGGUUCUCCUCAGGGAGAUUUUACUAUGAGGUUCAGGUCAGCGGGAAGACUGACUGGGAUUUAGGAGUGUCCAGAGAGUCCGUUAACAGGAAGGGGUUCAUUACACUGAAUCCUAAGAAUGGAUACUGGACUGUGUGGCUGAGAAAUGAGUCUGAAUAUGAGGCUCUGGACUCUCCUUCUGUCCCCCUCUCCUUGAAACAGGCUCCCCAGAAGGUGGGGGUGUUUGUGGAUUAUGAGGAGGGUCUGGUCUCCUUCUAUGAUGUUGAGGUCAGGUCUCAUAUCUACUCUUUCACUGGUCAGUCUUUCACUGAGAAACUCUAUCCAUAUUUCUGUCCCUGUGAUAAUGAUGGAGGUAAAAACUCAGCACCGCUGAUCAUCACACCUGUAGAUCAUGAUAAAUGAGGCUGUUUUACCUCAUAAAAUCACUUUAAUCCAGAAUAACAACUUUUUUCUGACAAACACCUCCAACUUUUUAAUCAUGUGUAUAGAAUGUAGAGAAGCUGAUUUUAUGCUAAAAUGGCGUCUCACAGUAGAGUUCAUCAUUAGAAAAUGAGCAGUGUUUUACUCUUCUUUACGCGACGUUAAAGAAGAGUAAUGUUACUAAGCAUCUACAGUAAGUUUAGAUGGUUCACCUGCACAGAGCAGAACUGCAUAUACACUGUAUAAGAACACAGCUACACUAAUGCUGUUUCUAUGAUGGAGUUCUACUGAAUUUGGUGGAGAUAAUGAGAGAUUUUAGGGCAUCGUAAUAAAGCAGGUGGAGGUUCCAGCCUGGGCUGCACUUUCCUUCUGUCCUUCAAACACUGUGGAGCUUCUGGGAGAGUGAGAUCCAUCAUGAAGAGGAUCAAGGGUUUCUAGCGUCAGUGUACAUGACUUCAGUGAGUUUGAACUGAUUUAGCUCUUUUAUUUAGCUUAUUUUAGCAAUGAGGCUUGUAAAGCUUUGGUAAUGUCUUCACUGUGUUUGUAGAGCACAAGUACAGUGAAGAGUGGUUUCCAUACAAAUCCAUGGUUAUUAGUGAUGUUUCUAUCAGAGAUUUAAUGCUGAUUCAUCAUAAGCUUUUGCCUGUUCUACAUAAAUAAAUGACAGAUCCUGAUUCAGUCUUAUCUUUUA